AUGGAUCAGAAUCAGUACUCGGUGUUCUCGCCAAUCUCAGCAACGGCUACUCGACUUACUUUCGACAACAUUCCUCUUAACUCUCCUCAGCACAACGGUCCAAAAUCCACCAAGAAGAAUGCUACACCAAAGGCUCCUGACACGUCAGCAGCACCUGGAAGCAGCGCCAGGCGCAGAAACAGCACACCAGGCUUCAUUUCCGCCGACGGAGCCGAUAUCGUCACCGUCGACGGUAACCCCAUUUCGCGAGCCAAUCCGUCGCCAGCCUUGGCGAAAGAUGCGUUGGCUGCCAUCGCAGUUGCGUCCCUGAAGCCGGCUCCUCCCAGGUCUGCAGCAAGGCAGAGCCGAGCCAUUGUCCCGGUUGCGGAGACGAGGCUCGAAGAGGAGGAGCAAGUCUGGCAGCGAUACCGGGAGUCAGGAUUGGACGAGGUAGCGGUUCUGCGGAAAGAGCGGGACGCGUUAAUGGAGAAGGCGAAUUCGCUGGAUCAAGAGCUCUACGAGUACCAGUACAACAUGGGUCUGCUGCUGAUGGAGCGGCAGAAGUGGCUACCCAAGUACGAGGACGCGCGAGCGGCGCUGGAGGAGGCGGAGGCGGAGCUGCAGCGCGAAGCGACGGCGCACAGGGUCGCUCUGGCGGAGGCGAAGGAGAGGGAGAAGGCUCUACAAGACGCGCUCGCCAUCGAACAGGACUGCGUCGCAAGCAUGGAGCGAGCGGUCAAGGAACUCCAGGUGGAGGUGGAGGAGACGAAGAAGCACGCGCGCACGGCGCUAGACCAGGCCAACGCCACCAUGGCCGCCGCGGAGAAGAAGCUGGCGGCGGCGGAGGCGGCUAGCCGUCAGGUGGAGGCGAGCCGGAGCGAGGCGAGCAGGAAGAUUGCAGAGACGGAGCGGAAGCAGCAGGAGCUGGAGGCCCGGGAGGCGAAUGGCCGGCGGGAAGUUCAGGCGGAGAAGGACAGGCUGGAGGCCAAGGCUCAGGAGUUGGAGGCGCAUAAAGGGUCACUGAGUGACUGGGAGGAAAAGUUGAAGCAACGCAAUGCAAAGAUACUGGAGAGCGAGAAAAUGCUGGACGCGCGGGAGGCGCGCAUAGCCGCAGCGAUGGACGAGCUGAAGGCGGCGGAGCAGCAGGCGGAGGCGCGCAAGGCGGCGCUGCAGGAGGAGGCGCGGCGGCUGGAGGGCGUGCGGGAGCAGGCGCGGGAGGCGGAGGAGCGCGCGCGGAAGGAGGCGCAGGCUGUGGCGGAGGGGAAGGUGGCGCUGGCGAAGCGGGAGGGCGAGCUGGCGGUGCAGGAGGACCUGCUGGUGGCGCGCGAACAGGUAUGCCUCUGCUGGCGAGGCACAGGGAUGGCUUUGGCAGGGGGGCGAGUUUCAGGGGGGCCGAUUUGGCUGGGGACGGGUUUGGCUGGGGACGGUGCCCCUCUCCCUGCUACCCCUCUCCCUCGUCUCCCUUUUUCUUCUACACUAUUUUUUUACCUUUUCUCCCGCUUGCUCUUCUCUCUUGUCUCUCUCCUCCACCCCUCUCCCACGUCCCUCCUCCAUACGUCCCCUCCCUGUGUCUCUCGCCGCUCUCUCCUGUUUGUGUUUCCUCUUCCGCUUUGCCCGUGUGAGCACCAGGACGCGGUGGCGAGGGAGAUGCGCGGCAAGGAGGUGGAGCUGCGCGUGGCGAGUGAGCAGGAGAGGGUGCGCGAGUGGGAGGAGAGCCUGCGGAAGCGCCAGGCCGCUUUGGACGACCUCAAGGCCAAGCUGGCGAGCGAGAAGAAGGGGUUGGACGAGGUGGAGGCGUCGCUGAGCAGUGGGCGCGCGCAGCUGGAGGAGAUGCAGGCGGAGCUGCAAACCAAGGAGCGCGCGCUGCUGGCGGAGCGGGAGAGGGUGCAGGCGCAGGAGAGCGAGGUGGAAGGGCUGCGCGCGCAGGUGGCGCAGAAGGAGGAGCUGGUGGAGCAGCGCGAGCAGGGCGCGCAGAGGCGCGCGGAGAGGUCGGCGGAGCGCAUGGCGGAGGCGGAGGCGCUGGUGCUGCAGGCGGCGAGCAGGGAGAGGGAGGUGGAGCAGAGGCAGGCGCAGCUGGACAGGGAUCUGAGGCGGUUGGAAGUGGCGAGAAUGGAGUCGGACGCAGAGAAGCAGCAGCUGGAGGACUUUCGUGAGAGAAUUCGCUCUGAACGCGCUGAAUCAGAGGCGGAGAAGCGGCAAGCAGCAGCCGCUCUGGCUAAAGCGGAGCAGACUAUAGCGGAGUCGGGGGUCAAGCGGGAGGCAGCGCAGGCGGAAAUGAAGCGGGCGCAGGAGCGGUUUGAGGAGGCGGAGAGGCGGGUGCAGGAGCUGAGAGCGGAAAAGGAGAGGUUUGAGGCGGAAUGGGAGGUGCUGGAUGAGCAGAGGGAGGAGGUGGAGAGAAUGAAGGCAGAAGUUGAGAAACUGAGGGAGAAAGCACUGGCUGACGUCCAGAAGGAGAGGGAGGAGGUGAGGAGGCAAGAGAGGGAGGUUGAAGCGAGGUUGGAGAAGGGGAAAGAGGACUUGGAGGAGGAGAGGAGAGGGCUCGUGGAGGAGUGGAGGAAGAAGGGAGAGGAGGUUGAAGCAGAGAGGGAGGAGGUGGCUGGGGAGCGGGAGAAGAUGCGUGAGGAGAGGAAUGCGCUAGAAGAAGCGUCUGCAGAGGUGGAAGGGCAGAGAGAGGCGUUGAAGGCCGAACGGGGGGAGCUGAGGAAGGAGAUUGAGGAGAAGAAGACGGUGUUUGCGCAGUUGUCGCAGCAGCAUGCAGCUCUGGAGCGGAAGGGGAAGGCGGUGAAAGCGGAAGAGGAGAAGGUGCGGGAGAUGUUGGCAGCGGUGGAGAAGGGUCGGAAGGAGCUGGAGCAGGAGAAGGAAGGGUGGAAGGAGCAGCACCAGCAGAUGCUGGGCGCGGUGCGGGCAGAGAGGGAAGGCGUCGAGGAGGAGAGGCUGAGGGUGGUGGCAGAGGCGCGGGAAGAGAGGGUGAGGCUUGGAGAGGAGGCGGAGGAGGUGGCGCGGGCGAGAAAGGAAGCAGACGAGGGCAGGCAGCAGGUUGAGAGGGAAAUGGAAGAGCUCGCUUUCCAGAGAGCUGCGUUGCAGUCAGAGGAGGUUGAGCUGGGAAGCAGACUCGAGGACGUGAGUGCGCGGGAAUCGGCUCUUGAAGCGGCAGCAGAGGAGCUGAAGGGGAGAGAGGCGGCUGUAGCGGCACGGGUGGUUGAAGUAGAGGCGGCACUGGUGGCUGUAGCGGGGAGGGAGCAGGAGGUGGUUCGGGCGCGGGAGGGGCUUGUGAGGGAGAGGGAGAGGAUGGAGGCAGAGGUUGAGCAGCAGAAGAGAGUGGUGGAGAUGGAACGGGAAGGAGUGGAGAUGGAAAAGCAGGAGGUUGCGGCGAGGGGAGAGGCGGAGAGGGAGAAGGUUCGGAUUGAGAGGGAGGCCGUGGGGAAAGAGAGGGAGCAGGUGGAGCGAGAGGCUGAGGAGGUCAAGAAGGCUCUUGCGGAGGUUCACAGGCAGAGGGGGUUGCUGGGAGAGGAGAGGGAAGCUGCUAGGGCAGAAGCAGCCGAGCAUCGGGCAGCGAUAAAAUCUCUUGUGGAAGAACGGGCAGCUGCAGAGAGAGGCGCGAAGGAGGCGAGAAACGCGUGGGAGAAAGCCAAGGGGGAGAUGGAUGCCCUAGAGGCAGAGAGGAAGGAGGUGUUGCAGGAGAGAGCGAGGCUGGACGAAGAGAGGAAGGACUUUGUGAAGAAGAUCGCUUUGGAGAGGGAGAGCGUGGCAGUGGAUAGGAAACUGGCGUUGGAGAAGGUUGAGAGAGAUUCUGCUGGGGUGAAGAGGGAUAGGGAGUCUCUGGCGAAAGAGAGAGCAGCGCUGUUGAAGGAGCGGGAGAGGGUGGAGAAGGAGAAGGAGGGCGUGCAGAAGAAGCUGCUUGAGGUUCGGGUGGAGCGGGAGAAGGCUCGGGAGGAACGAACCAGCACAAGGCAGGAGCUGGCGGAGAGCAGGGCCGAGAGAGUGAAGCUGGGGCAGCAGAAGGCUGAGCUGGAGCGGGAGAUUAAGGCGCUGCAGGCUGAGAAGGCGGAGGUGCAAGGCGAGAGGGUGAAGGCAGAUCGAGCGAGAGAGGAGCUGGAGAGGCUGCGGGAGGGGCUGGUUGCUGAGCGGGCAGAAGUGACUGCUGCAAUGGGGAGGCUGGAUCGGGAGCGGCUGGAUGUGGCGGCCUUGGCGAGACGAGAGAGGGAGGCGGUGGAGAAAGAGAGGGUUGCUGCUGAGGCGAAGAUUGAGAAGGAGAGUGCGAGGUUGGCGAGGGAGAGAGCUGCUGUGGGGAAGGAGAGGGAAGCGGUGGGGUUGGAGACGGAGGAGGUGGUGGGAGCGAGGGAGGAGGUGAGGGCGGAGAGGGUUGCGUUGGCGGGGGAGAGACGGGAGCUGAAGAAGGAACAGGCGGAGGCCAAGGCUGCUGCUGCUGAGCUGAAGGCUGCCAGGGCUGCUGCGGAGAGGGAAGCGGAGGGGGCGAGAGUGGCUGCUGCUCGGGCGAGGGCGGAGAAGGAAGCAGCGGUGAAGGCUGGGGAGAGCGUGGCUGCGGAGAGAGAGAAGCUUGCUGUUGCUGCGAGCGAGCUGGAGAAGGAGAAGGAGCUUCUGGAGAAGAUGCGGUCUGCUGCUGCUGCUGAACGGGCGGAACUGGCUGCUGAACGCGCAGGGAACGAGGGGUUGUUGAGGAAGAUUGAGCAGGAGAGGGAGGUGGCGAGGCAGGAGAGGGAGACGGAGAGGAGGGAGAUUGGAGAGAGGAUUGCGGAGCUUGCAGGGCUGGAGAAGCAGCAGGCUGAGGCGAUUCAGGCGUCAAGGAACAUUCAGGAGCAGCGGGCUCUCCUGAGGGAGGAGAUGGAGGAGUUGGAGAGGGAGAGGGCGCGGCUGAGGUUGGAGGAGGCGAAGGUGAGGGAGGGUGGGAGGGAGCUGCUGAGCGAGCGGGAGAAGCAGAGGGCUGCGCUGGAGAAGGAGAGGGAGGAGGCUGCUGCGGCACAGGCUGCUCGUGCUGCUGCUGAGGCUGACAGGCUGGCGGAGAGGAUUGCGGAGUUUGAAGCGAGGAUGGAAGAGGAGAAGGCGAAGCUGCGGCGGAUGAGAGAGGCAGUGGAGGAGAAACGGCUUGGGGUGGAGGAGGAGAGGGCGAGGAUUGAAGGUGAGCGGGAGGAGCUGCGGCGGCAGAGAGAGGAGAUGGUGGCGAAGAGGGUGGAGCUGAAGAAGGAGAUUGCUGAGAAAGAAGCAGAGGCGUUGCAGGUGGAGCAGCUGAGGCGGCGGCAGGAGAGAGAGCUGAGGGAGCUGGAGAAGCAGCGGGCAAAGGUGAAGGAAGAGAGGGAGGAGGUGGAGCGGCAGAAUCUGGAGCUUGUGUCUCGCAGGGCGAAGGCGGAGGAGGAGGUGGCGACGACGCUGGCAGGGAUUGAGUCGGAGAGGGCUGCUGCGGAGAAGGAGCGGCAGGAGAAGGAGCGGGACCUUAUGGCCCGGUCCCGAAGGCUGGAUGAGGAGCAGAGGCGGCGGCGGGAGGAGUGGGAGGCUCUGGUGGAAGAGGAGAGGAAGAAGAUGGAGAGGGAGAGGGAGGCGGUGGCGAGAGACAGGGCGGACACGCAGAGGCACUGGGAUGACGUGCAGAAGAUGAUUCAGGAGCUGCACCAGCAGCGGCGGCAGCUGAAAGAGGAGAAGGAGGCGGGGAGGAGGACGGAGAGUGCGGAGAGGAGGCUGUCGGGCGGGUCGAGCUGGAUUGCUGGCGGGCAUGACUUGGCGGAGCAGUUAAGGUUUGCGAGGGAGAGGCUGAAUGAGGAGCGGGAGGAUUUCGAGAUGGAGAAGAAGGAGCUGGAGGCUCAGCGUCGUCUGUGGGGCGGUGGUGGUAGUGCUGCUGCUGCUGGUGGUAGUGGUAGCAAGUUCCCUGCUGGUGCGGGUCCUUCAGGUGGGGAUGAGGAGACGGAUGCAGGGAAGGAAGGCGAGGAGGGAGAGAAGGACGAUGCGGAGGGUGUUCCUGAUGCUGCCGCUGCUGAUGGGUAUGCGGAUGGGGAUGCUGCAGGGGACGAGGAUGAGGCAUUCAGGGAUGCUGAAGGAAUGGAAGCUGACGAGGCAGCAGAUGGUGUUACUGGUGUGGCUGUCACUGGGGUGGUUGUUUCGGCUGCUGCUUUACGGACUGCAGGGGAAGCGCAGGUGGAUGGGGAUGGUGCUGGUGCCGGUUCUGAUGCUGGAGUGGCAGUGGGUGUGGUGGAAGUCGAAGCUCAUCUGGCUGUAGCAGCUGUAGCAGGAGCUGCCGAUGCAGUAACCGCCGCUACAGCCGAACGUGCCACACCGGUCAGAGCGCCUGCGGGAAGCCAGACCCCUUCGGGGCGUAUGAGGCGCAGAGGCGGGGCUGGGGAAGCAGACGGGGUUGCAGGGGAGGAGGUAGAUAAGCCGCGUCUCUUGUCGCCGUCGCUACUGGAGGAGGUAAAGGCGUCUCUCUCCUCUCACCGCCCCUUAGCGGCUUUCGCGGCCAUCGAGAGGAGUCUUCGCGAGGAGUCCGCGCACCGGCGAGUGUUCGACCAGCUGGUAGCGCCACUCACUGACCGCAACGGGCCUUGUGCCAAGGACAGCACAGCAACUGGGGACGCCAAGACUGCAGGCAACCGCGCGUUUGGAGCGCAGAAGUAUGCCGAUGCUGUGACCUGCUACAGCAAGGCCCUGCAGUACGCGCCUCUGGACUCACCUGACCUGCUGGCAGUGCUCUUCACCAAUCGUGCCACGUGCCUGCAUAGAAUGGGACAGCUAAGGGAGGCUGAGGAGGACUGUUCUCAUGCCAUCGACCUCUCGCCAUCUUACUGCAAGGCUUGGUUUCGCAGGGGAUGUGUUCGGGCUGCCCAAAAAAAGUUCAACAGUGCAGUCAGUGACUUGAAGAGAGCUCUCCUAUUGGAGGAGGCGGCUGGGAACCGACCUGGGGCAAAGAAAAUUGCUGACGAUGGAACAGCGGAAAUGGACUCUGCUCGUGGUGUUACAGGCGUUGCUGCUGGCAAUACAGAUUCCACCCAUGCUCCAGGCGCUGCUGGUGCUACAGGCACUACCCAUGCUGCAACUGUUGAGUUGCCUCAAAACACGAGAGGGUCUACUGGUGCUGCCAGUGCUGUUCCCCAUACCCUUGCCAGAGCUCCCAAAGCCCCGUCGGAUGCAGGGUGGGGCCUCAGACUCACUGAAGCAGAUAAUACACACAGUGGUGGAGCAGAGAGUGCACGCAGUGGUGGAGCAGAGAGUGCAAGUACGACCACCUCACACAGAAGUGACACCACUGGUGCUGCUGUCAGAGGAGAGUCAUGCGCUGGCAAUUCCAGCAUGCCAGCUGGCACUCCCCGCUUGCCAGCUGGCACGGUUGUGCUACUCGAAGAGCCGAUAGCUGCGGCACUCUUGAAGCCCCACCGCUCCUCCCGCUGCCACCACUGCCUGCUGCCCCUCCCCGCCAACCCCUUCCCCUGCCCUGGCUGCUCCUUCGCCCUCUUCUGUCGCCCGCUCUGUGCUGCUGUGGCUCUUGGAGUCACAACGGCCACUACAGAUGCUGGCUCUGCCACAGAUGCCACAAGUGCUACAGAUGCUACCUCUGCUGCUUCUGCGAUUGUUUCAACAGCGCAACAGGCUGGUCCUGCAGCGAAGGAUAAUACAGUCGUGGAAGAAUUAAAUACAGCAGCACUUGAAAGAAGGGGAGAUGCAGGUGCUACAGCAGCGGAGCUGCUACGGGCGGGGUGGAGGGCAGGUGUUACCCGGUGGGGGGAGCAUCUGGGGGAGUGUGGCGGCAGCAGCUGGCAUGCUGCCUUGCCGGUAGAGGCCUGCUUGGCUGGUAGGGUGGUGGGGCAGGUGGGACUGGGGCAGGUGGGAUUUGGGGAGGGUGGAUUAGAGCAGGUCUCAGAACAACUAGCACAUGCAGGGGGCGAUGACAAGCGGAAAGAGCAGCGGCAACAUCAGAAUCAACAGCACCAACAGCAGCAGCAGCAGCAGCAGCAGCAGCAGCAGCAGCAGCAGCAGCAGCAGCAGCAGCAGCAGCAGCAGCAGCAGCAGCAGCAGCAGCAUCGUGCCUCUUCUCUUCAUCAGCGUUUGACUCGCCUCCGAGUGUCAAGUCUCCAAGUGCUGGUGGUGCUGGGUCAACUGCGGUUCAAUGCGGUGGCAGUGAGCCGAGUGCAACGAGGGGAGAGUAGCAGCGCGGCUGGACAACUUGAGGGCAUUGAACAGGUGCCCAUUGCCCAAGCCCUCUACCUCACUGCAUCGCUCUUCAACCACAGCUGCCAUCCCAACGAGAGGAAGGAGGGAGGAGGUGGCAAGGGUGGGAGGAGGCAGAAGCUGCUGAUUGAAGGGGAGUUUGCAGAGGUACGAAGGGCGUCGCAGAAUAGUCAAAGUGAAGGAGAGUCUGCAGAGAUUCCAGCUGUUGAGGUAGCAGAAUUUCCGAGGCUACGAGACAGUGGCAGCCCUGCUGGAGCACCUUUGGCAUCGUCUCUCUCUCGUGCAUCUCGGCUGUUGGAUUCGCUCCGGCACCACUUGCACCCUCUCAACCGCACUUUGGCAGAGGCAGAGGAUAUCAUAGCGCUCCUUUGUUGUCGGUCGGGUGAUUUCAAACAAGCCAUUCAGCACAGCAAAGCUGCCUUAACGCUCGAGAACCCCUUUCAACCGAUUCCUGAACAGCACCAACAAACAAAAUACACUCCUCACGUUCCUGCAACUUACCAGACCUGUAACAUAGCUGCAGGCAAGUGGCAACGCGCGUGGGGCAUUCCUUUCUACACGGGCCUCACGUGUCCGUACAUCCGCUCCAGCCAGAACUGCCAGCGGCUCGGCAGAACGGACCUCUCCUACCAGAAGUACAGAUGGGUGCCCUACUCGUGCAGGAUCAGUCGUCUCACCCCACUGCGUCUGCUGCACGCGCUGAGGAACAAGCUCGUUCUGGUGUUUGGCGAUAGCGUAUCCAAGAACCUCGCAUCUUCCAUUGCAUGUGUCCUGCAUGCUGCUGCUUCAGCUGGCGAUGCUGUGCCUGCUGCUGCUGCUGGUGAUAAUGCUACUGCUGGUAACAGUGAUGCUGCUGCUGCUUCGGCUUCUGCAGCUGCUGGUAACGACGUAACCGUGCAGCCGUUCACGAUCCAAAGGGGCAGCAGCACAGCAGAGGGUAUACAGCUGCCUUCUCACGGAAUCAGAUUUGCUUCGGUGUUCUCCAAGUGGCUUCUAACCGGAGCUCAGAUGCCCACUCCAGAGCUACAGUACCGGAUUGACCUGGAUCAGGUGGAUCAGCAGGUGAUGGAUCUGCUGCCACUUGCUGAUAUUGUCGUUUUCCAGGCUACGAAUUGGUGGUUUUGGAAGGGGAUGCGGUGGUAUCGGAGCGGAAAAGAGAUUGUCACAAGCAGCAACGCAGAUGCCUAUGCCAUUGGCCUCACCACUCUCCGUAACUUCGUAACCAACUUUUCUGGUAAAGCUGUACUGAUGGGUGUUUCACCCUCGCAUUACAGAGUUCCCGGGCUGCCCAAGAAUUCAUGCUCCACCAAUCAGAAGCUGACAUGGACCCAGACAAAGAAGGUUUUUAGAGUAGAAAAGAUAGCAAGGGCGUUUCGAGAAGUGCAGCUGAGGGUGCUGCUCGGUAGUCCUAUCCACUAUGUGGAUAUCCUCCCUAUGAGCUCAUGGCGACCCGACGGACAUCUGCAAAAAUGGACUACCCCAGGGGGAGCCUUGAAUGAAAAGGACGACUGCCUACACUGGUGUGAAGGUGGAGUUACUGAUGCGUGGCUUGAGAUGCUGUACAGCACAUUCCUAACAUAA